AACACCUGAACAGGUGAGUUUGUCUUUUAUUGGGGGCAAUAAUAAGAGAAGAGGAAGCUUUUAAAGCCGACCGUCCUGCAGGCAGCGGCACAGCAGAAGGAACCCGUCGAGAUGAGGCGUUGUGUUGCUGUCGUCCUGCUGCUGCUGCAGCUGUGCAGCCCGACGCUGCAGUCCGACUCGCUGCUCUACCGGCUGCAGGACGACCAGGAGAAGCCCAGCAAACCGUGGCUCAACCCUGUGCUGGAAGACGUCGUCCCGUCCAGGGAAGUCACCAACCCUCGUAAAGUUGUGGAGACCCCAGAACAGGACAUUACCUCCCACUCCUUCCCCAUGUUCGACGAGUAUGUCAACCUAAAGUGGGUGACCUGGGACGGUUCCCUCCCCAACGGCGCCGUCGCCAUCUUUAAUGGCUACACCGAACGCAACGACUACGUCUGCAAAGUCAACUGUGAGGCCGGUUUCUACACCCCCAGCAAGGGGAACUUCUGCCAGUAUCCCUACGCCGACAACGAGUACGCCUCCUCCAAGUUCGAGGUUCUGGUCAACGUCGACCGCUUUGAGUUCCUGCAGUGGGUUGAAGAUUCGUACGGCUCCGUCCCUCAGUACUCCAUCAAAACCUGCCCCGACAGGGACAUCUACGUGGGCAAGAACAAGUACGGACUCGGCAAGGUGGUGACCCAACACGAGGCCUUCUUCCUGCCCUGGGAGGGUGAUGAGUACUGGUACAAGAGCUACCAGGUCCUGGCCAUCAACCGGGACAGCUACAGCCAGCACAUCUCCCAUGUGGAGUACGCCAUCGACCAGAUGGAGCUGUUCCACCAGCCGCCGGAGGCCCUGAAGAUCGCCAAGGUCACCAACCUGGAGUGUCGGGACGUGGUGAAGACGGUGAUGCUGGAGAAGACCACCCGGACAGAGAAGACCUGGGACAUUGGCAGGGAGACCCGCAACGGCUCCGUGUCCACCAUGUCGGCCAAAGUUCCCAUCCUUGGCCCGGGCAACGUGGACUUCACCAAGGAGCAGAAGGUGACCUUCUCGGAGGGAACCACCAUGGUGGAGUCCAUCAGCCACUCGGUGUCGGUGGAGCUGGUGGUGCCGCCGAACCACUCGUGUGCGGUGAGGAUGGACGGCCGGAAGAUGAAGGCCGACAUUCCGUUCACGGGCAGGCUGAGCCGGACAAACUACAACGGGGACACCCACUGGACCUACAUCACCGGAACCUAUGACGGCGUGAACGUUGGCGAGAUCACGGCGGUGGUGGAAAGAUGUCAGCCGGUGACCGACGCGGUUCCCUGUUCACCUGAACAACAAUAAACACCCGUCUGUUCAAGUCAAAGCGCAGAAAGAUGAGACUAACUCUGUUUUUCAAAUAAAAAUCAAUUAAAAAAAUCCAAAAGAA